AUGCCUCAUUUCACAGUGGUUCCAGUGAAGGACAGGGGUCAGAGCAGCUAUGACAGCCUGGAGGGGGUCAACUGGGUGGAUUACAGAGACACUGGACAAGACCCCACUGAUAAUCAAGACACUAUCAGCUCUGAUGGACAUGGAAACCAAAAAGAAGACAGCCCUUUUCUCAAUAACUCAGACACUGGAGGGAAAAAGAAUGACUACUAUGACAGGAAUCUGGCCCUGUUUGAGGAGGAGCUGGACAGUCGGCCCAAAGUCUCUGCAUUGCUCAGCCGUCUGGUUAACUACACAAACGUGACCCAAGGAGCCAAAGAACAUGAAGAGGAGGAGAUCUCGGAGGCGUCACGCUGCCACACACCCAAGAGUCCUAACAUGGGCACGCUGAUGGGGGUCUACCUGCCAUGCCUACAAAACAUAUUUGGGGUCAUUCUGUUUCUUCGAUUGACGUGGAUAGUUGGGAUGGCGGGCAUCAUGCAGUCUCUGCUGAUCGUCCUGAUGUGCUGCACAUGUACAAUGCUUACUGCCAUAUCAAUGAGUGCCAUUGCUACCAACGGAGUUGUUCCAGCUGGUGGAUCAUAUUUCAUGAUUUCCCGUUCCCUGGGCCCAGAGUUUGGAGGAGCAGUAGGCCUGUGUUUCUACUUGGGCACUACUUUUGCUUCUGCCAUGUAUAUUCUUGGAGCUAUUGAAAUCUUUUUGAAAUAUCUUGUUCCACAAGCAGCUAUCUUUCAUGCGGUUGACCACCACGGUACUGACAGUGCCAGCCUCAACAACAUGAGAGUGUACGGAUCCAUUUGCCUGAGCCUGAUGGCUGUGGUUGUUUUUGUGGGCGUCAAAUACGUCAACAAGUUGGCCUCCCUUUUCCUAGCCUGUGUUAUUAUCUCAAUUGUGUCGAUUUACGCUGGAGCAAUCAAAUCUAUAAGCCACCCUCCAGAAUUUCCAAUUUGCAUGUUAGGAAACCGGACUUUGGUGAGCAACAAAUAUGAUGUGUGUGCCAAGACUGUAAUGCAAGGGAAUAUAACAGUGCCCAGCCUGUUAUGGGAGAACUUCUGUAUAUCUAGCAAUCUGAGCAACAGCCAGUGUGAUGAGUACUUCCUUCAAAACAAUGUGACUCAGAUUCAGGGCAUUCCAGGUCUGAGCAGUGGGAUUGUCAGCGACAAUAUGUGGAGCACCUACAUGUACAAAGGGCAGAUCCUCGAAAAGGCUGGGCUGCCUUCAGAUGAUGCUCAUGGGGGUCUUGAGAAAGUCCCUAUGUAUUUAACAGCUGAUAUCGCAACAUCAUUCACUCUACUAGUGGGGAUAUUCUUCCCCUCUGCCACUGGAAUCAUGGCAGGCUCCAACAGAUCUGGUGACCUAAAAGACGCUCAGAAGUCCAUCCCCGUAGGAACGAUAUUAGCCAUUGCCACCACUUCCCUUGUCUAUAUAAGCUCUGUGGUUCUCUUUGGAGGGUGCAUUGAAGGAGUUGUUUUGCGAGACAAAUUUGGAGAUGCAGUGAAUAAUAACUUGGUGGUGGGGACUCUAUCUUGGCCGUCGCCCUGGGUUAUUGUGAUUGGCUCUUUCUUCUCCACGGUUGGGGCUGGUCUGCAGUCCCUCACUGGAGCUCCUCGGCUGCUGCAGGCCAUUGCCAAAGACAACAUUAUCCCUUUCCUCAGGGUAUUUGGCCAUGGAAAGGCAAAUGGUGAACCCACAUGGGCCCUGCUGCUUACGGGACUGAUCGCUGAGUUGGGGAUACUUAUCGCUUCGCUGGAUAUGGUAGCUCCUAUUCUUUCAAUGUUUUUUUUAAUGUGCUAUUUGUUUGUAAACCUGGCAUGUGCAGUGCAGACUUUAUUGCGUACACCAAAUUGGAGGCCAAGAUUUAAGUACUAUCACUGGACAUUAUCAUUUCUUGGAAUGAGCAUGUGCCUGGCUCUCAUGUUCAUCUCAUCUUGGUACUACGCCAUUGUGGCUAUGGGUAUUGCUGGGAUGAUCUACAAGUACAUUGAAUACCAGGGGGCUGAAAAAGAGUGGGGUGAUGGCAUUAGAGGACUUUCUCUUAGUGCGGCACGUUAUGCCUUGUUAAGAUUGGAGGUUGGACCACCCCAUACCAAGAACUGGAGACCCCAGCUCCUGGUCCUGUUGAAGUUGGACGAAGACCUACAUGUGAAGUAUCCCAGGAUGCUCACUUUUGCUUCCCAGUUGAAAGCGGGAAAAGGUCUCACUAUUGUGGGAACAGUCAUUCAAGGACACUUUCUCGAUAGCUUUGGUGAACUGCAAGCUGCUGAACAGGCAGUAAAAAACAUGAUGGAGAUAGAACGUGUCAAGGGUUUCUGUCAGGCUGUGGUGGCCAAUAAGGUGCGAGAAGGCAUUGUCCACCUCAUGCAGUCGUGUGGUCUUGGGGGAAUGAAGCACAACACUGUGGUGAUGGGCUGGCCCUACGGAUGGAGACAGAGUGAGGACCCACGUGCUUGGAAAACCUUCAUCAACACUGUGCGCUGUGUUACUGCCGCUCAUUUGGCUCUGAUGGUGCCGAAAAACGUGUCUUUUUACCCCAGCAACCACGAGCGCUUUAUGGACGGUAACAUUGACGUGUGGUGGAUCGUCCAUGAUGGAGGAAUGCUCAUGUUAUUACCGUUCUUACUGAAACAACAUAAGGUUUGGAGGAAAUGCAAAAUGCGCAUUUUCACGGUAGCUCAAAUGGAUGACAACAGCAUCCAGAUGAAGAAGGAUCUGGCCACUUUCCUUUACCAGUUAAGAAUAGAGGCGGAGGUGGAAGUUGUGGAAAUGCAUGACAGCGACAUCUCGGCGUACACAUAUGAGCGGACACUGAUGAUGGAGCAGCGGUCACAGAUGCUGAGGCAAAUGCGGCUCUCCACGGCCGAACGGCAAAGAGAAGCCCAGCUAGUGAAGGACAGGCACUCGCUGGUGCGCAUGGGCAGCCUGUACUCGGAUGAAGAGGAGGAAGUGUUUGAGGCCCCACCAGAGAAAGUUCACAUGACAUGGACGAAGGAGAAAGUGGAAGCAGAGAGGAGAAACAGGAAUAAUGCACCCGAGAACUUCAGAGAACUCAUCAGCCUUAAACCAGAUCAGUCCAAUGUGCGGAGAAUGCACACAGCUGUGAAGUUGAAUGAGGUCAUAGUCAACAGAUCACAUGAUGCACGAUUAGUCCUCCUGAACAUGCCGGGACCCCCCAGGAACAGUGACGGGGAUGAAAACUAUAUGGAGUUUUUGGAGGUUCUCACCGAGGGACUGGAGAGAGUAUUACUGGUCAGAGGAGGGGGCCGCGAGGUCAUCACUAUCUACUCCUGA